CCUGGACUUGCAGCUGGGAUGAUAGAACACUGAUAAAAAUACAAAUGGAAAAAACAAAGACACUAUAAAGAGGCCGCAUUAUCCAGAUUCUGAGACUGAUAUAGGUUUUUGUUUGUGUCUGUCAUUUUUCUGUCUCAGUCUUCAGAAAAAAAAAAAGCAACGCUAAUUCCUGAGUAACUGUACAUAAAAGGAACAAUGAUCUAUCUCAGAAGAAGGAUUUCUUUGAAGUGUAUGCUGUUAGGUGUUUGCUGUCUCAGCCUGCUGUUAGGAUUAAACACAAAUCUUCUAAAUGACGUGCACAGCAAAACACAGAAGUGGACAAAAGCUUACCACCGAUUCUAUACAGGAAAAUAUGAGCCCAGGCCUAUCAACACAGUGAAGUCAGUUUUGGAAGAGAGCCUUAAUGCAUAUGCUGUAAAAGAACAUUCAGCAAUGGCAAAUGUAGCUCCAGAAAUACAGGCAAUGAAACAUGCUGACGUUUCCAAACAUGCAUCAACUAUUACUGCACUUAUAAGGUUGGCCACUCAGAACUUGAAAAGGAAAGAAAACAAGCAAAAUUCCUCCAGAAUGAACAAUGAAACUCUGGUAACAACCCAGCAGAAGGUGACAGUCAAUACCAUCAAGACCAAGGCUGGAAAUGUGGCAAAAACUUCAGAGAAGACAAUAGUCGUUCCAACUACGUUUUAUUUAGGGGAGUCAUAUGAGGAAGACAAAACAUAUCUAGAGACUAAAUGCUCUAAUGGAAUAAGGAAAAGAAUUGCAAGCUCACCAUUGCGGAGUAAGUUCCUGGACAAAAUUCCUGUUCUUCUUUGGAAAAAACAUCUGUCUAAAGAAAAUUAUGAAAGGCUAAAGAAAAACUAUGAACCCUUUGGUUGGCAAUUCACCAGCUAUGAAGUUCUGAAUAAAUCUUUAGGCCUUCUAAAUACCCCUGCAAAUGCAUACAUGUUUGAUGACUGGGAAACGCAACAUUCCAGAAGUAACUCCUCCUGCAUACGUUGUGCGGUGAUUGGGAAUGGUGGCAUACUAAGGAAUUCCAGCAAGGGGGCCGAAAUUGACAGCCAUGAUUAUGUGUUCAGGGUCAAUGGAGCUAUCAUCAAGGGCUUUGAGCAAGAUGUGGGCAAAAGGACAUCGUUUUAUAUUUUUUCAACUAACACCAUGAUGAACUCCUUGGCAGCUUAUAGAAUAGAAGGGUUUGAAAGCAUUCCACACUCACAGGAAACAAGAUAUAUAUUUCUGCCAGACCAUGACCGUGACUACAUUAUGAUAACAGCAGCUUUAACUCUGUCAGAGAACGAACAAAACAAAUUAGACGAUUCUCCAACGCAUUUUGGGAAAAAUCUAAAGCCUGAAAUAUUCAAGAUGUUACAUCCAGAUUUCACCAGAUACGUCAGGAACAGGUUUCUAAGGUCAUAUAUCUUAAAUGCAGAUUCACAGACAAUUUAUCGUCCUUCAACAGGGGCAAUGGCGUUGCUUACUGCUAUUCACACCUGUGAUGAGGUCAGUGCUUAUGGUUUCAUAACAAAAGAUUAUCAAAAGUACUCAGACCAUUACUAUGACAAUACUUACAAAAAGGUUAUUUUCUAUAGUAACCACGACCUCCAGAUGGAAAUGAAGUUAUGGGAGACUCUUCAUGAGAACAAAAUCAUCAAACUGUACAUGAGAAGUUGAUGGCUUCAUAACUUAUUUUUGACUUUGUGAAUAUAUAAGAAAGCAAUGCCAAAGUGCCCCAUCUAGUAAUUAUAAUGAAGUCAAGCUGUAUAUUUGUUUGGUGUAAGAACAUUUUACAUGAUUUUAGUAUAGGGAAUUUUCCACGGACUGGAUUAUUUAAUAAAGAUUUCAAUCACAUGUUUUUUACACCAACAGCACUACUAACUAACAUGGCGUCUCCCUUUCGCAUGGGAUUGAAACUUUCAGUUCAUCCUGUAUGACAGACUUCAGAUGGCAUGCAUCAGAAAUGGAGACCAUAACUACUGGAAACGAUGAACAUAAAUCCUGAAAGGAAUGUACUGUGCAAUCCAAAGUUUUACUUAAGGAUAAUGUGUACAAAUUAUAACAGGAAAACAAGAAACCUCAAAUUAACCUCAGAAUUACAAGGGACUCUGCUUAUGUGAGAUAAAGUUAGAAAAAUGCUUCAUGCUGAAAUGGAGCACGUGCAGUAUUCUUCAGCACUGCACUGGUGAAGGGUAAUGUUUUAUAAUUACCUCCACUCACAGCAUUGUACUUCUCUGGCACAAUGAAUGUCUACAGUCUAUUCCUGGGUGAUGAUGUGUGGUUCAAACUUCUUUAACAUACAAUAGUCAGAAAGUGUAAACAUUUUUAAGUAGGUAUGCCAAACUAGCUUACACAAUUUAGUGACAAGCUGUUGUGUUCAGGUUUACUUGAUUAUUAUUAGCAUUGGUACAAUUUUAUGACACUGUAAAGACAGUACUGUAAUUUGGUUUGUGGCCUAUAGUUGUACAUAAAACUGUACUGUAGUGUCUGGGUGGAAUGGUAUACAGGGGUGGGUGUCUCCAUAAUCUGUGGAUUUAAAGCAUUAUAAAUAUAAACAAGCCAAAUCCCUGAGUACACUAAACAAUGUUAAGUCCAUUUUGGUCAUAUGACACAAUAUGUCUCUCUUUAGGACUGGUAGUGGUUAGUGGUUAGUGGUUAGUGGUUGAAUGAUUAUCCUGGAGAGAUGGAGGUCACAAGUCUCAAUAAGGAGUGAAUUAGAACAAUAUGUCUGGGAGGUAAGUGGGAGUGCACCUGGAAAAUAAGUUACAUGUCUGAUGAACGGAGAGCUUGUAAUGCAUUAUAUCUUAAUCAUUACAUGAGCUGAUAGCAAGCAUUAUCAUGAAGUUAUGGUCUAUAUUCCCCAAUUACAACCUGCAUAACAUAAGAAACCGAGCAAGUCACAUAAUCAAACUAGUGUUGUAGGUCAAGGUCACAAGUAAGGAGAAGUAUGUGUGCUAAGUGGAUAUUACCCUAUUAAUAACAAAAACUGCCUUUUACCAUGCGGAGUUGUGAAAAAAGAUCUUACUAGUUAGUUGUCACCACCAGUGGUACAACUGUCAUAUACAGUGGGACACUUCAGCUUUCCAGCAGCAAGCCCAGUCACUUGAGUGCAUGUAUAUAUUUAUUCAGCUGUGGUUAGAAAGAAAGGAGGGCCCCUACUUGAGAAUCAGCUGCUUAAUCAGAUAACACUAGUAUAAGAAGGUUACUAGUGUCAAAGUGAAAAUGACACUGAUGGUUACUUUUAUCUCCUUUAACUUAAAGUGUAGUAACCCCGGAGAUGAUCAUAAGCAGGGUGGGUGAAUACAGCCCAUACAUGGGGGAGGGAUGCUGGCGAUAACACAGAACAAUUGUCACUGCAAACACUACUUCACAAUCAGAUUCAUGCUAAUUACUUGCAUCCAGGGCAGGCUCGAGUUCCAGUGCAAGAAACAACUGAGAUUUAGAUAAAAGCUGGAAACAUCUAUAGGCAAAACAUAGUAUAUAGCUUCACACAGUUGGAAGAAUAGUUGCACAUUUUAACAGUACUCACUGCAGGCCUGCUCCUGUCAUUAAUGACAACAGUAUACCGCCUGCAGCCAAGAUAUUUUUAAAGGUCAUAGUACCAGAAUUUAAACCUAGAUACAAUAAAAUAACUCCAAAUUUUAAGAGCCGCGCACUAAUGUUACAUCACUGGCUUAUGUAAGUUAAAUCAUUUUCUCACAUUAAACUGAUUAAUUGUGGCAUUUAAUAUUACAAAUUCAACACAGUGAUUAAGUUAUAUUGUAACAACAGCAUUGCAUGUGAUCUUUCUUUCCUGCACUGCAGG